UAUCACUAUAUAAGCGUGGUUGCGGUGAAGAAGAUGCUGCUGAUUGCAGCAUAACAAUCUCAUCUGCAUUUUCUGCGAGAGUGUUUGUGAAUUGUUUGAAGCAAAGCAUGGUUUCGAAAAGGGUUCUGCUACUUUGCGGGGACUUCAUGGAAGACUAUGAAGCCAUGAUUCCGUUUCAGGCAUUGCAAGCUUUCGGAAUCUCCGUUGACGCCGUUUGUCCCGGAAAGAAAGCCGCCGACGUCUGCCGCACCGCCGUCCAUGAGCUUGCCGGUGCACAGACGUAUACUGAGACAAUUGGUCACAAUUUUGCACUCAAUGCUACUUUCGAUGAAGUUGAUGCUGCGAAUUAUGAUGGGUUGUGGGUGCCGGGUGGAAGGGCGCCGGAGUAUCUUGCUCAUAUUCCUGGUGUUGUGGAACUGGUGACUAAGUUUUUCAGUUUGGGGAAACAAAUUGCUUGCAUUUGUCACGGACAUUUGAUUCUUGCGGCUGCUGGAGUGGUUAAAGGUCGCAAGUGCACUUCUUUUCCUCCUGUUAAACCUGUGCUGGUUGCCGCUGGUGCUCAUUGGGUUGAACCUGACACCAUGGCGACAACGGUGGUAGAUGGUAAUCUCAUUAGUGCACCUACUUAUGAUGGGCACCCGGAGCUUAUUCACCAUUUUGUGAAGGCAUUGGGCGGCAAAAUGAGUGGCUCCAAGAAGAAAGUCCUCUUUAUUUGUGGGGAUUACAUGGAAGAUUAUGAGGUCAAGGUUCCUUUUCAAUCUCUUCAGGCUUUAGAAUGCCAUGUUGAUGCAGUUUGCCCCUCAAAGAAAGCUGGCGACACUUGUCCAACUGCUAUUCAUGAUUUUGAAGGUGAUCAAACUUACAGUGAGAAGCCAGGACAUAGUUUUGCUAUUACAGCAACCUUUGAUGAUGUGGAUCCUUCAAUCUAUGAUGCUCUUGUCAUCCCUGGAGGUCGUUCACCUGAGUAUUUGGCAUUGAACGAGUCAGUCAUUGCCUUGGUGAAGCAUUUUAUGGAAAGCAAGAAGCCAGUUGCAUCUAUCUGCCAUGGCCAACAGAUUUUAGCUGCUGCUGGUGUUCUCAAGGGAAGAAAAUGUACUGCUUAUCCGGCUGUGAAGCUUAAUGUGGUUCUCUCAGGAGCGACAUGGCUGGAGCCUGAUCCCAUAAGCCGUUGCUUCACUGAUGGAAACCUCGUUACAGGAGCCGCGUGGCCGGGGCACCCUGAGUUCAUUUCUCAGUUGAUGGCACUACUUGGCAUUCAAGUAUCUUUCUAGCUGCACUUGGUGAUGUAAUUAGUUACUAAUGAAUAAAACCUGGCAGUUGUCAUAAGCCUCUUGUAUCAAAUAUCAAAAUAUGUGAAUGUGUUAUACAGUAUUGUAUGUGAAGGACCUGUAAUGUGCAAGGCAUGGAUGCACGUGCUAUUUUGAGAUCAGGGAAUCUUUGGUGGCUAGUAUGCAAAUUUUUCUCAAAAUUUUCUUUUCCCCUGUUAUUAUUUUUGUAUCAGUAUGGAUGUGUUCAGUUAUUUUGUUGAGUUUUCGAUUCUGCUUAUGUUGUGUGACGCCAAUUUUUAUGCCACAUAUGUCAUACUCGGAUCACGAAUAAAAUUUACAGGAUAAAACUUCAUU